AGUCACGACGUAAUAGGCCUCGAGUUGAAAUAGGAAUCAUUGUCAACAACCGAAAAGAAGAUAUUCUACCAGAGAAGAGGAUAAUGUACACCAGGAUAUAACUGAAUCGUCCAAAAUAUGAUAAAGUGCCAUAGAAACCCUUGUACUAAGACAAUAUUCUUCGUCAAUCUUCUACUUUUAGUGUUCAUAGGAGCCUCAUUUUUCAGUUUUAAUGCCUUAAAAGGUGAUUUAGAUAGUCUAAGUCAGAAUAAUUCAACAAGAAGCGAAAGAGAUAAAGGAAGAACCGCUAUAGGAGUACUCGCUCUCGCAUCUGUUUUAACGAUAGUUUUUCUCAUUUGGAUGGUUUGUUUAGUAUUGGCUGGGUGUGUUCCUACUGGAACUCUAUCCAGAUCACGAGCCAGCUCUAUAAGUAAUGUCUCAAACGCUACAACUCACACAAAGGGAACACCGCGAGGUAGUAAAAGACGUUUCUCAAAGAGAAGAGGUAGUAAUCAGUCGGAAAGACGAUACUACACACUACCGAAGAGUUUUGUGUCAAAAUAUAGGGAAGAAGAAGAGAAUGUAGAAGAAAUUAGUGAAACAUCAAUUGGAAGGACUAAACGAAUGGAUUUUAGAAUCAUGUAA